UUCACACCUCUCAGAUUUUGCAUAAAUUUAAGGCUGUUACAUGGGUAUGGCUGCUACAAUUCACUGCAAAUGAGCAUAAGCUUAAGUCGUCUCAGAAGGACAAGGUCCGCCAGUUUAUGGCCUUCACCCAGGCCGGUGAAAGGACUGCUAUAUACUGCUUAAUGCAGAAUGAAUGGAAGCUAGAAGUGGCAACGGAUAACUACUUCCAAAAUCCAGACUUAUACUACAAAGAAUCCAUGAAAAACUCGGUAGAUCGGAAGAAAUUAGAACAAUUGUAUAAUCGAUACAAAGACCCACAAGAUGAAAAUAAAAUUGGCAUUGAUGGUAUUCAACAGUUCUGUGAUGAUUUAAGCCUGGACCCUGCCAGUAUCAGUGUUCUGGUUGUAGCAUGGAAGUUCAGGGCAGCUACUCAAUGUGAAUUCAGUAAAAAGGAAUUUGUAGAUGGCAUGACAGACUUGGGGUGUGACAGCACAGAAAAACUGAAAGCUCUUUUGCCAAGACUGGAACAAGAGCUGAAGGAUCCARUAAAGUUUAAAGAUUUUUAUCAGUUUACUUUUAACUUUGCUAAAAACCCUGGACAAAAAGGUUUAGAUCUAGAAAUGGCAAUUGCAUAUUGGAAUUUAGUCUUAUCAGGAAGGUUUAAAUUUCUAGAUCUUUGGAACAAAUUUUUGCUGGAACACCAUAAAAGAUCAAUCCCGAAAGAUACUUGGAAUCUUCUAUUAGACUUUGGAAAUAUGAUUGCAGAUGAUAUGUCCAACUAUGAUGAAGAAGGAGCGUGGCCUGUUCUUAUAGAUGAUUUUGUGGAAUAUGCACGACCAGUAGUCACAGGAGGAAAGCGUAAAACUUCCUAACCCCAGACUCAUCAAAACGGACUAAAUUUGCAGUCUGAACUGCAUUAGGUAACGAAGAUUUGUUGGCCAAUAACUGUGCACACUGUUGCUGGUCUCAGUGGUCAUGAUGAGACUGAAAUUCCUCCUUUCUGCCUAAAGAAAAUGACGGCUGGCUUGUGGACACCUCAAGAACACACUCGGAAGAUAGUCCAGGCUGUUUGUAGGCUAUUGGCUUCAAUUAUUGUACUGGUUGUAUCAUAUAGGAUGUAGAUUUUGCAUGAUUUUAUACUUCGGAGAAGUUUAACUAGAGGCCAUUUUAUUAAAGUUUUGACAGCACAGCAUGCCAUUCAGUUCAUGAUCCAAAGUGAACACCAGCAGUUACAUGAAUAAAAUUGUAUUAUAUUGUACUUAUAUGAAAAGCAGUAUUUGUGGUAUAUAAAUUAAAUCCCUAAAUAAAACUUAUGCAGUAUGUUGUAUUUUUAUAAAAGUUAGCUCUGUGCAUCUGCCCUAAAACAGAAUUGUAACAAGAAACACUUUUUUUACUUAUUGCUGAAAUUUUAAAUUUAUAUUUUUAAGCUCUUAGAUGUACAGACAGGUCACAUCUAGCCUCCUUUUUCCCCAAUAAGAUUAACAUCCUCAUUGUUGUAUUCAUGAAGGUCUUGGACAUGUUACUGCAGGACUGCUGAGGAAGGACUGCCCUGCAUUACGUUGCGAAUCCAACUUUUAUUUUGACCACCACUUUAAAGUAGACCUGAACCAAAGAUGCUUUUAUAAUUUAUGUUUGAUUAUCCUAUUCAAUUGGUCUUCAAUUAUAUAUUUUGCUUACUUUAUUUAAAUUAUGAAUUGGUAUUAAUUUUUUUAGGCUUAAUAAUAGCCUGAAACAGAUCAUAAAUUCUAGCUAAACGCAAUGUUAUGAGUGCAAUUCCUGAUGUGUCCCACAAAAAUAGAUAUUAAUAAGCCCAAAGAUGUCCUGUAAGCAAAGUUAGCCCCUGCUUUAGAGCAUCAGCUAGAGGUAAGGAGAGUUURCUUUGCAUUACUGGUGUAACCCUCCAGAUGUUUUUGCAAUAGAAUUAUUCAGUAACAUUACAAAGAAAUAGUAUGUAGGUGAGAUGUCAAAUCAUUUUACACCAAAUGUGAUUUCACUCAGUCAUUUCUUUCUCCUAUCUAAUAUAAAGUAUGUGGAGGUCAGUCGCUUCUUUCUCAACAGUGUUUUCCAGUGCUUCAGCACAAGGAGGUUCCACCAGAAAUGACUGAAUAUGUUUUCACACGGGGCUCUUUUGAACACUACCUCAUCAAAAUGAGUUUGUCUUGGCCGCUGUAAGAGUUUGCUAAAGCAGAGAGUUGUUAAUGAGUAUGUACAGCUGUGAUUAAUGUAUUUUCCUCUAAUCAGAGUUGAGUUGAUGCAAGAACUUGGGAGAUGAUAGUGCAUUAAGUUAUGUAACAUAUCUUUUUGGAUGACAUAUGAGAUAAUUUAAGUAUUUCAUGAGAGGGUAUUAUUUUGUUUCGUAAUUGUGAGGAUAUAAGAACUGAUACUGUUUUUCUAAACUCUAAUAUUUAGGGUUUCAUAUAAGCUGUCAGCUUUUAUUUAUGUCAAUGCAGCCUACAAGACCAAGUGAAGAUACUGAGUCGAGGAAUGCUGCCUUCAUUCUUUCUCCCAUGUGAGAGAAGCCCAGUAGUGCAUGAUGCUAAAAAAGCAGGGUGAGGACAGAGCCUGCACUUGAAUAAAUUAGCAAACGUUUUGUGAAUAGUGACAUAGAAAGCAAGUUCAUAGAAAUCACAAGUGAGUGAUUUAUUAUUGGUCUUAUUUUUCCCUCCAAGGAGUAUUUAGAAACAGUGUGCCGUGCAUGGCAGCCACUAGAUGUCAGUGUCUCAGUCUUUAGAUACCUCUCUCUUUUCUGGGUAGAGAGUUAAUAUGUAAUAGUAACAAAAAUUAUUACUUAACAGCUUCUCUUUCGAUGUAUGCAAGUCUAGCUAGUCUAUAGACGUCAAUUCAGAUAUAAAAACAGAUUAAUGCUUUUGGGGCUGUUUUUGCAUUUCAUUUACCUAUUCUUUCCCAAUCAGAAUAGGUAGUUUUUAUAUAUUUCUUGUAGGCUUUGAAGAAUAAAUCUGUGACUUUGAAGAAUAAAUCCAAAAACAUCAGCUGCAUUUAUGCAGUCAAAAGCAAUGGACUGUUUGUUUUUCAGACAAUUGUGACUUAAAAUGCAUAGGCACAGCAUAACUGAGCAGAAGUCAUUUAGUCUCAUGCUCUAUGAUGUAGCCAAGUAGUUUGCAUAGGAUUAGAGCUUACAAAACACUUGUUCCUGCUGCAGACU